CCUCCGGCGACCCCGGAACGCGGCGCCGCAGAGCCGCCCUCGGCGGGCCCGUGGGUCGAGGCGCCGACUUUGCGGAGCUGACGGCGGUAAAGUUGGGUCGCCGCCGCCCCCUCCCUCCAGGCCGGGACCUCGGACGCCGCCAGCGGAAGGGCCCUCGGGGGAGCGGCCGGUGGCCGAGCCCGCCCGCCCGCCAUGGCCGCGACGCCGGGGACGCCGGCUGCCAAGUGAGGCGCAGGACCGAGGGCAGCAUGGACCCCCGGCGCGAGCCCGGCGCGCCGCGGCCCGGCCCGGGGCAGGGCGAGCACCCGCGGCGAGGCCCCGGCGCGGACGGCAGCCACAGUGAGCAAGAAGAUCGAAACAAGGUUUCUGGAGAACUCAUAACAGUUGUCCAAGAGAUGAAAAAGUACUUGCCAGCGGAGAGACGUAAUAAACCCAGCACCCUCGAUGCCCUCAACUACGCCCUGCGCUGCGUCCACAGUGUACAAGCAAACAGUGAAUUUUUCCAGAUUCUCAGUCCAUAUGGAGCAGCCCGGGCAGACAUGACUGCGUACAGUCUGGAGGAGCUGGCCACUGUGGUUUCCCAGCACACUUUCAAGAACACAGAUUCCUUUGCGGCAGUAUUUUCAUUUCUCUCUGGAAGGCUGGUGCACAUUUCUGAACAGGCAGCUUUGAUUCUGAACUGUAAGAAAGAUUUCCUGGAAUCCUCUCACUUUGUUGACCUGCUCGCUCCACAAGACGUGAAGGUGUUCUACACGCACACAGCUCGAGCUCAGCUUCCUGUCUGGAACAGCUGGACCCGAGGAGCAUCCCAGUAUGAAUAUGCCCCGGUGAAACCCUUCUUCUGCAGGAUCCGUGGAGGCCGAGACAAGGUGCAAGAGAAGCAUUACAGCCCGUUCCGGAUCCUCCCCUAUCUGGUUCAUGUACAUAGCUCUGCCCAACCCGAAUCAGAACCUUGCUGCCUCACACUGAUUGAGAAGACUCACUCUGGUUAUGAAGCUCCUCGAAUCCCAGUGGGCAAAAGAAUUUUUACCACAACACACACUCCAGGCUGUGUGUUCCUUGAAGUAGAUGAAAGAGCAGUGCCUUUGCUAGGUUACCUACCUCAGGAUCUAAUCGGGACAUCCAUCUUAACAUACUUGCACCCGGAAGACCGUCCUCUGAUGUUUGCCAUGCACCAAAAAGUCUUGAAGUACGCAGGCCAUCCUCCCUUUGAACACUCGCCCGUUCGAUUCCGCACUCAGAAUGGAGAUUACAUCAUCCUGGACUCCAGUUGGUCCAGCUUUGUGAACCCCUGGAGCCGGAAAGUAUCUUUCAUCAUUGGUCGACACAAAGUUCGAACGAGUCCACUAAAUGAGGAUGUUUUUGCUACCAGAAUAAAGCAGACAAACAGUAGUGACAAAGACAUAACAGAAUUACAAGAGCAAAUUCACAAACUUCUCUUGAAGCCAGUUCACGCGAGUGCUUCCAGUGGCUACGGAAGCCUGGGAAGCAGUGGUUCACAGGAGCAGCUUGUGAGCAUCACGUCGUCCAGCGAGUCCAGUGGGCACUGCGCUGAGGAUAUGCCGAAGGAGCCGAUGACCUUGGAGCAGGUCUAUGCCAAUGUAAAUGAAAUUAAGAAUCUGGGUCAGCAGCUCUACAUUGAGUCAAAGACCAAAUCAUCAGUCAAGCCAGGGAUGAGGAUGCGGACGGAGCUGCAGGGUGAUGAACAGAAGGCCUUUAUCUCCUCCCAGACCUUGGAAAACAAAAGCAUGCACACUGAGCCUUGUGAAGACUUGAGGAAAGAGCAGCAUAGCCCAUCCUAUCAACAGAUAAACUGCAUCGAUAGUGUCAUCAGAUACCUGAAGAGCUACAGCAUCCCCACACUGAAAAGGAAGUGUAUAUCCUGUACAAAUACAACCUCUUCAUCCUCAGAGGAGGACAGACAGAGCCACAAGGCAGACAGCGGCCAGACACCACAAGCUGCUGCGCAGAACACAGCCAUACCAACUGUGGAAAUGCCAGCCACUGGCGGAGGAGCUUGGACCGUGUCCAUGGCCGCCCUGAGCAUAGGGUCAGCCGUGAGCCCGUGCCGCAGCGGCGGCAUUGCCUGUGCCCUGCCCCUGCACCCAGCAGAGGAUGCCACCAUGAUUUGUGAGCCCUGGGCCCUGGAAGCACAGCCUGUUCCGCUGACAGCAGAGGAGAUGAGACAUGUCGGGCUCACAGCGGCUGUGCUGUCGGCCCACACACAGAAGGAAGAACAGAAUUAUGUUGACAGCUUUCGGGAGAAGAUCCUGGCGUCGCCCUAUAGCUGCUAUCUUCAGCAAGAAAGUAGAAGCAAAGCAAAAUACUCCUACGUUCAAGGAGCUUCUCCUUCCAAGCAGAACAGAUCAACUUGGAGCAAGAAAGGGAAGCACAAACGGCAGAGGCUGCCGGUGCCACUGGAUGCCAGCAGCUCCGGCCCUGGCCUCUGUCCCCAUGCCGGGGCUCUACUCCCGGGUGUGCAGCCCUGGGAGCCUCCUGCAGCCGCCUCCCCCAGCGCCUCAGGCCUUCCCAGCCCAUCUACCCUGCUGGUCCCCAGCCAACCCCCUUACCUCCUCCCAAUGUGUCCUCUCCUGGCCUUGACCUCAGUGGGAGUAGGAAGCCUCGCAGCCUGGGCGGCUGCUCCCGGAUGUCCCAUGGCCAGCAGCCUGCAGGCUCCUCCAGCAUCCCCUCCUCCCCAUGUGGAUACUUGGAUGACCAUUGUCCUCCCAAGCCCUGCUGUCUGUUCCUUGUGGCCACCAUCAUCCUCUCCGUAUCUAUUCCUGGGGGACCCAGGCUCCCCUGAAGUGCCAACCCCGAUACCAGCUCCAAAUCUGGAGCCACCUACUUACACCAGCAACCAAAGGAGAGCAGAGGAAAAGUGGGAGACACAGAGUGGAGAGCACCUACUUCUUGGUUCAAGGAGCAGCUCCCCCUUACAGUUAAACCUGCUCCAGGAGGAAAUGCCCGCAUCCUCUGAGUCUGCGCGUCCAGCGGGAAGGGGCGCCCGCCCGGAGCCCAGACGUCCCCAUACCACAAACCAGAGUGGUGACGGGAACAGCCUCCCAGCUGCUGGGGCUCCGGGCACAGCACCUCUGCGCCAGGACUCUCCACCCCGAGCCUCAGGAAGCAGUGGUAGCAGUAUGUCCUUCAUUAGCAGUGACUAUUCCUUGGAAAUCUCGAGAAAUGGGCAGCAGUCUCAGGGUGUACAGGAAAAAGCUUUGCCCAGGCCAGCCGCUGAGUCCAUCUGGAGAAUGAUAGAGCAAACGCCAGAGCGGGUGCUGAUGACGUAUCAGAUGCCGGAGAGGGUUAAGGACGUUGUGCUGAAAGAAGAUCUGGAGCGUCUGGAAAGCAUGAGGCGGCAUCAGCCCCGCUUUUCUCCUGGGCAGAAGGAGGAGCUGGCCAAGGUGCACUCUUGGAUUCAAAGCCAGAAUAUCCCUCCAGGAGUUCCUACCCCAAGCCGUGUUGCCUGUGCAAACAGAAGUUCAGCUGAGCACUCUGCAGAGCCCGUGGGCUGCAGCCAGGAGAAGACAUCAGCUGAGCGGCCGUGAAGAUGUCUCCUCGCACCCCAGCUUCUGCCUCUGUGUCUAGCAGAACCCCAGCUGGCGUGACCAGAGUCCUCAUCAACAGUCUCCUGUUCCUGACCAUUAAAACUGCCCAUUAGAAUGGCCCUCUAGCUUAGCAGCCUGCCCAAAGGAUUGGACUGCCUCUGAAGAGGUUUGUGGAUGACAGAACUUUAUUUCCUGUGUCACCCCAGACCUAAUCUAACCGGAAGUGUAGCAGAGUGAGCUCGGGAGUGAGCAGAGGAGCUGACCUCCUUUCUGUUCCAGGCUGAUCCUGAUAGAGUGAAGGCCUCUCUGCGGUGGGGAGAUGCCCUGCUGGUGUUGGCACACUCUCCCUGUUCUUUGAGGCCGCACAGCUUGGUGCUUCCCUCCAGCUCUUACACAGGACUCCACCUCCCCAGCACCCUGCAGCACCCAGUCCAUUAGUGGAGCUGAAACACUUAAGUCUUUAGGUUCAGUUUUUACCUUGAUUCCAAGAGAUGUAUUGCAUUCUGGUUUUACACCUUUCAUCGAACUUCUGAAAGUAUUUCCUUAAAAAUCUAUCGCGCUAAAAGGGGCUUAUUACUUGGAAAAUUAAAAUUAACAUCCGAUUUGUAAUCCGA